UACAGAACACUUUGUUGGAUGAUCCCAGCCCUAAAACAAGGGAUAUGGAAACAGGAGGAUAUCCAUGCAAGUGCGACACGCUGAUUGAGACCGGCUGAACGAGACGGGGACAAACAGACGGCUGGCGAGAGGCGCAGGAACAGGAACUGUAACAGAAAGACAAGGGACUAUAAGGAAAAUGUGCAGAGGAAGAAAUUUAAGGACGUCAGCAGCGCUUGUAAACUUAUUAGCGAAAUGCACGAAGUCAACAAACGGACAGGCGGCAGUCCUUGCGAAGGACAAGGAAUCGGAAAAUCGGGAAAACCUCGUGCCGCAAAAACAACGAGCUCAACGUCAAAACAAGCAGCAGCAACAUCCACAGCAGUAUCCGCAGAUGAUGCAGCAGCAGCAGCAGCAGCAGCAGCAGCAGCGACAGGAGCAACAUCAGGAGCAGCAUAAUCAGCGCCAGCAACAAGGACGUCAAAUAGAGCAAAUGGCAAUGGGGACAAAUGCAGAGGCGGCGGCUGCCAAGAAGCACAAACACCAGACCAAACCGACAGACUCCGAAUGCGAAGGCAAACACAAACACAAACGGAAUCGCAAUAAUGUUGCCGGCGUACAGCAGCAUGUCCUGCGGUUGAAGUUGGAGCUGCAGUUGCUUCUGUGCGCCCUGUUGCCGACUGCCUUGCUCCUGGGGCUGCUGCCCCUGCCACCGGGCGCCGCAGCCACGGCCAUGAUCUCCAGUGCCAAAGGCUCUGUACGUGAGCUUCUCUUAACCGAGAUGGGCGGAGGGGGAGUCGGGGUCGGAGUUGGCGGCUCCUCCGGCGGAGCAGCACACCCGGCGGGCGGUGGUCCUGGCACAGGACUCGCCGGGGGAGACGGAGGAGGUGCGGCUGGCAUCGAGUGCCCCAGCUUCGACAACACCGCCUGUCCCUGCUACAAGUUCGAGGAUGGACUAUUCCUGGAGUGCCCCGGCACGACGGCGAUAUCGCUGCGCUCAACACUCGAGAGAAUAUCGGCGCCGAUCCACUCGCUGUCCAUCUACGACUUUGACCGUUCGGUGACGUCACUAUCGCAGGACGUCUUCCAGCCGGGCGUCCAUAUCAGGCACCUGCAGUUCUCCCAUUCGCACCUGGAGGCUCUCAAGGACAACAGCCUGCGCAACGUACGCUCGAGCCUGGAAUCGCUCAGCAUUGUCAAUGGGAAACUAACGCAGAUGCCAUCACGUGCUUUAAGCUCGAUGCAAAAGCUGACGGCCCUUGAUUUUGACUACAACGAGAUCGUGCGGGUGGAUGACUACAGCUUCUACGGGCUGCGGAUCUCCAAGCUGAAUAUGAAGGGCAACCGGCUGCAGGGAAUGCCGGAGCACGCCUUUGCCGGGCUGGAGGAGUGCAUGCAGGAGAUAGACGUCUCAGAAAAUGGACUGCGCACCUUUCCACUGAUGGCUCUCCGAAAACUGGACCACCUGCGAAUUUUGAGGCUCUCAAACAACCGGAUACCCACCUUCUACGGGGACAUCCAGUUGGCCACAAACAAUGCGUCGGCAGCGGCGGCUGCAGUAGGUGCGUUCCAGCUGCCUUCCUUAAUUUUUCUGGACCUGAGCUCCAAUCAGUUUGCCGAAAUCGGGCCCGACUGCUUCAGGGCCUUUCCUCAACUAAAAACUCUCUCCUUCUACGCCAAUCAGAUAGAGUUGGUUCAACCGGAGGCUUUCAAGAGCCUGCGUGAGCUCAUGUCCCUGGACAUGUCACACAACAGGAUUAUAGGAUUAGAUCCCAAGGUAUUCGAGAAGAACAAGCGAUUGCAAACGGUGGAUCUUAGCCACAAUCACAUACACACUAUUGGUGGGGUGUUUUCGAACUUACCUCAAUUAAGAGAGGUCUUCCUGAGUGAGAACAACAUCCUGGAGCUGCCGGCAGAUGCGUUUACCAACUCCACAAAUGUCGAUGUCAUUUACUUGGAGUCCAACGCCAUCGCCCACAUAGAUCCCAAUGUCUUUAGCACCCUGGUUAACCUAGAUCACCUGUACUUGAGGUCAAACUUUAUACCCCUCCUACCUGUUACCCUGUUUGACAAGAGCACCAAGCUUACAUCACUGUCCUUAGACAACAAUGAGAUCCAGGAUCUGGAGAUAGGCAUGUUCCGAAAGUUGGAGCACCUGAGGGAGGUGAGACUGCACAACAAUCGCAUCCGUCGGGUAAGAAGGGGCGUGUUUGAGCCCCUGCCCUCCCUCCAAGAGUUGCACAUCCAGAAGAACAGUAUUGAGGAUAUCGAACCGCAGGCGUUUCACACUUUGGAAAAUAUGCAGCACAUUAAUCUUCAGGAUAAUCAACUAACUGUACUCGAAGAUAUCUUUCCAGACGAAAAUUCCUCUCUACUUUCGGUGCAGCUAGAAGCCAACUACCUGCACAAAGUUCACCCCCGCACCUUUAGUCGGCAACAGAAGGUGCAAAUUAUGUGGCUAAAAGACAAUCAGUUGACCAGAGUGGAAAGGUCUUUCUUCGCUGAUACUCCUCAAUUGGGGAGGUUGUAUCUGAGCGACAAUAAAAUAAGAGAUAUAGAAAAGGACACUUUUGUAAACCUGUUACUACUGCAAUUCCUUGACUUAAGUGGCAAUCAACUGAGACAACUAAGAAGGGACUAUUUUGCACCGCUUCAAGAUCUUGAGGAACUUAGUCUAGCUCGAAAUCACAUAGAGGCCAUUGAAGGUUAUGCCUUUGCCAAGCUUAAGAAUCUGAAGUCUCUGGACCUUUCUCACAAUCCGCUGGUGCAACUAACACGGGAUAUUUUCAGCAAUGAAUUUCCCUUAAACUCCCUAAAUUUAGGAAAUUGUUCUCUAAGGAAACUGGAACAACAUGCGUUUAAAUCACUGACCAAUCUUAAUGAGCUCAAUCUGGAAAGAAACCAACUGAAUCCAGCGGAUAUUCAAACGCUGGAUAUACCAAAUCUCAGAAGACUUCUUUUGAGCCAUAACAACUUCAGCUAUGCCGGAUCUGUUGGCAUCAUGGCUGGAAUGUUAGAUAGACUCCGCUCUCUGCAGCAACUCUCUAUGUCUAAUUGUAGUUUGGGGCAAAUACCCGAUUUGCUCUUUGCCAAAAACACAAAUUUGGUAAGACUAGACCUGUGUGACAACCGACUGACCCAGAUCAAUCGGAAUAUCUUCAGUGGCCUUAAUGUGUUUAAGGAAUUGCGGCUCUGCAGAAAUGAACUUUCCGAUUUUCCGCAUAUAGCCCUCUAUAAUCUCAGCACUCUGGAAAGUCUGGAUCUAGCCCGAAACCAAUUGGCCUCGAUUGAUUUCUUUAAGCUAAGCGGAACCUUAAAUCUUAGGCAACUAAUCCUGAGAGACAAUAAGAUUACCGCCUUGAGUGGCUUUAAUGCCGUUAACCUAACCCAGUUGGACAGUGUGGACUUGAGUGGCAACCUGCUACUCUCCUUGCCGGCAAACUUCUUGCGUCAUUCGAUCAAUUUGCAGAAGGUUCACUUGUCCAACAAUCGAUUCCUGCAAAUACCCUCAUCAGCUUUGUCGGAUGUUUCCAUACCACGACUCUCAUGGUUGAACUUGACUGGCAACCCUAUUAAUCGGAUUUAUACUGUAAAGGAGGAGCGGUAUCCCUACCUAAAGGAACUCUACAUCUGUCAAACGAACCUUUCCAUACUCACGUCCAAGGAUUUCGAGGCCUUUCAGGCGUUGCAACACCUCCAUUUGGUGAACAACAGAAUUACCAGAAUUUCUCCGGGCGCCUUUAAAUCUCUGACCAAUCUGCUCACUCUGGACUUGAGUGUCAAUGAGUUGGAAAUGCUGCCCAAAGAGCGAUUGCAAGGACUUCGACUGCUACGUUUCCUCAAUAUUUCGCAUAAUACCCUUAAGGAUUUGGAGGAGUUUAGCGUCGAUCUUUUGGAGAUGCAAACUCUGGACCUGAGCUUUAACCAGCUGGAUCGUAUUUCAAAGAAGACCUUUAGAAAUCUUCACGGUCUGCUGGAACUGUUUCUUAUGGGCAAUCGAAUGACUGUUCUAUCAAACGACGCUUUCCGGUUCUUAAGAAAACUCCAUGUUCUGGAUCUGCGUAAAAAUUAUUUCGAGCUGGUGCCGUUGGAACCACUAAGGCCCCUGGAAACCAAUUUAAGAACCCUAAGACUGGAGGAGAAUCCACUGCAUUGCAGCUGUGACGCCCAGAAGCUCUGGGAAUGGCUGCGGGAUCACCGUAAAUGGUCGCUUUCCAUGGGCUCCGGCGCAGGACGAGGAAUAGGCGGACUGACCGGAGGUCUGGGCGGCGAUUCCAUUAAUUACCUAAGGUGCGAACACCCAACGGAGCUGCGGGGCAAGGUGUUCGGCCGUAUGGAGCCGCAGCAGUUUUGUGACGCGCCGCUAAUACCCAAAAUGGCCAUCCAGGACAUUCAGCCCUACUCGGUGGUCGUGUCCUGGCAGAGCCGCGACCAUUUGGGCCUCAACGGUUUUGAAAUUGUUUAUCAUGCCACUGGCGACGGGCUCGUUACGGCCGGAUCUCCAACGAGCCGUGAGCGGGACAGUCUCAGGGACAUUCACGACCCCGAAAGGCAGCGAACUCGGGACCAGGCACGAGAGCGUUCACGAGAGCGGGAUCGCGAUAGGGAGCGGGACAGAGAGCGGUUCUCCAUUGCCACCGAUGAGAUCCACGGCAAGCGGCUAAAUGGGACGGCCAGCUCGACCAAGCUAACCAAGCUGAGCCCCAAUACCCGCUAUCACAUCUGUGUCAUCGGGAGCGGUAAUUGGCUCUCGGAGCCGCUGGCGAACGCUCUGCAACGGCUUCAUACCAACGAGUCCUUGCGCGAGGAGGAGGCGGUGAUGAUGUCAGCUCCGCUGCCUGAGUCAUUUUCGCCUUAUCAGCAUCAGCACAACCGGAACUCCAAUGGCAACGCUAAUCCAGCCAUGGUCCAGGAUCACAACAAGAAGCAAAAUCCUGACCAGGACCUGGACAACGUAGUCGGUCAGGAUAACGCUCUGAUGGAGGUGCUGAAGAACUCUCACAUCUCCGCCUGCACAGAUGUCCAGACACUGGACUCCACGCCCAGCUUGGUCACCGACGAGAACGGUCUUUCCAGCAAUGGCUUCAUUCACUCCAUCCUGACCAGAAGGUUGGGACUGAUUGUGGGCUGCUGCCUGGGCAUCAUAGUGUUCAUCGUAAUGAUCUCGGUUUUGAGUUAUGUCAAGCUGAAGAAGAAGCGCAUCGAAAACGCCAAGCGGCAGGCUGCCUUGCCGCCAGAGUAUAUAUCAUACAGGCACUUCUCCAUACCCAAUGAGGAGCUGACCAGGACCGCUGCUAAUGCAGGCACAGUAGCGGCAGCAGCCGCUGCUAAUAAUUCACAUAACUCGAAUAAUUCGACCGACGAGGGUAGCUCUCCGCACAUGUCCAGUGUGCCCAGCGGCAUUAGUGCUCACAUUAGCGGGACCAGCCUCAGCACAGGUGGCACGGGCACCGGCUCUACAACCACUACGGCCACCACGCCCAUCGGAGGCGUGCCUCUGGGCAAGGCGGGAAGUACCCUUGUGGGCGUGGGUUUGGUGGUGGCCGACUCCUCUGUCGACGUAGGUUACGCCCACAACCACGCCCAUGCCCAUGCCCACCGCCACAUGGCUGCGGGCGUGGUGCUCAAUACAAACCACUUGAGCGUGUGUUAGUCUCACCUGCAGAAGGGUUAAGUACAGCUGUGUUCAUAAUAAUAGCAUUGCGAGGGAAACUAAGUAAUACAAAGGUAUUUUUUCAUGUCCCUUAUCGGAAUCGACUUUUUAUUCCACUUAUUUGUGUAAAAUGGAUAAAUAGGGAAAAAAGAAUAUCCCGUUAGUUUUUCAUGCAAUCGUUUUCUUAUUUACAUUCUUGAGUAAAAUCACAACUUUUAAGCUGUUAGCAGUGUCUGGUUUUGACCAACUUAAAGUCCCGAAAUUAUCAAUACAAUAUUUUCUAAAACGUGAGUUUGGUUAGAUAAUUCGUAUUUUUAAAAGGGCAAUAAGUUAAAAAAAUUAUAUUUUAGUGGGUAGAGGACAGCACUGCUCCCAGGAGAAAAGAAUGUUAAUUCUUUAGCUAAGAAAUUAAGGACAAACAUAUAAUGACAUUUAAAAAACCCUUGAAUGUUCUGCCAAAAUGGUAUCCAAUGCCAUUAAAUAUGAAUGGAAGCCCGAAAGCCGUGGUAGCAAAUGUAAAACCACAGUUAUAGAGGAUCGAUGCAUAGUUCGUUAGAGCAAAGCCUAUCCUUUUGCAUCCUCUAGGGACAUAAAGUCUAAGCUGAACUUGGGAAUCAUGGACGUUACUAUUCGGAGACGACUACUGAAUCAAAAUUUCAGUGCGAGGAGUCCACGAAAGGUUUCCCUACUUAGCCGAAGGCAUAUUAAGGCAAGGUUAAGCUUCGCUAAAACCUAUCUAAUCUAAUCUAAUCUACCUAAUCUGGCCAGUCUCCAAAUGGCGAAAUAUCCUUUGGACUGAUAAUUCAAAAACAGUGCUAUUUGGUGGAACUGGUUCACUACAGUAUAUCUGACGACCUUCAAACACGGAGUACCACCCAAAACACCCACUGAAGACUUUCAAUCACGGUGGACCUAAAAUCCUGGUAUGGGUUUGUUUUUUUUUUACAAUGGUAUGAGUCCAUAACAUAUGAUUUAUGGUAUUAUAGACCAAAACGCAUAUGUAAAUGUCUUACUAUCAUAUUCUGAAUAUAAUAUGAACCGUUUCGGUAAUGAACCGAAACGCAGAAGCAAAUCGGCUAAGAAUAGGUUCACCUAAAAUAGAAUAGAUGCAGUGCCGUGGGCAGCACCAUCAUCCGAUUUAAACCCGAUUAAAAACCUGUGGGGGGACAUAAAACAAUAAAUGUUGGCAAGUUGUGCAGGAUGCAUGGGCAAAACUUCCUCCCAAAUGAUGCCAGGACCUGGUGGACUCCAUGCCGCGUGGGUGUAAGGCUGUGCUGGCUAACAAAUGCUAUCCAACCAAGUAUUAGGCCCUAAUGAACAUAUUAAAAAGAAAAACUAAGUUCAUUCUAAGUCAAGUUUAAAUUUGUUACUAUUUUUUCAAAGCACUGCUAUUUAUAUAAAUAAAUGUGAAACAUUUGUUGAAUUGUUCAAAAUUAAAUACCUAAUGAUAUUAUAAAACAAAUUUUACCAAUAAAAUUUUUUAUCUUAGACUCGCAGGUCCCAAGAACUGCUAUUUUUAUGAACACUGUAAAUACUAGAGGCGUGGGUGCACGUGCCAAAUCGGGGUACUGAAUUUCUAAAGGAUAUUUUUUGCAUUUCAAUCAAUUUCACAUUCAUUCCUAAUGGACCCUCUUCAAAAAUCCUUUUCAAAAAGUAGAGGGUAAUAAAAGUUUACAUACUUCUAAAUACCGCUUUUUUCGAACUCCUCAUUUAAGGAGUCCAUGGAACAAAGAAAUUUAAAUGUUACAUUAUUAAUCUAUACUUCUAAAUAUUAUAUUAACGAGAAUUCAAAGAAAACUUACAAUCUUGACAUAAUGCAUGAAUUGGUUGGUUAUGUGUAGUACUUUACAAAACAUUAAUGUAAGCACAGGGGUUCUGAACUCAAAAUACCGAACAAUAAUCGCUCACCCAUUCGAGAACAAAAGAGUUAUAAAAGGAUCUGCCGCAUAUGCAGGCUGCACGUUUUGACAUUGAACACCCAAAUCUGCGCUUCAUAAUCAAAUGUAUGUGCGUGAUUUAGUGAAAUUUUAAGUGGAUUCAUCUACUUCGGCACCCCUUUCAAUUGAAAUGUGCAAUCCCUAAAAAAGUGAACAAAAAGUAGCAUAUUUCAUAUUCCAAAUGGAGUCAAAAUCGAUUACCAAUUACCAAGAGCAAGCGCAAAGCAGUUUUUUGAUUUUCAAUGCGCCCAACAUGCAUUUCAUUUACGAUUGGAAGUCCAAAAAAAAAAAAAUGCAAAGAAAUAACAUAGAAAAAUUAAGAAAAUCUAGGUUAGUGAUAAUUAUGAAGAUGCGUUCAACGUUCGUUUAGUUAUGACAAUUGAAGGUAGAGCACAAUGCGAAAAUCUAAGGGCAAUGUGGAAUUUUCAAUGUAAAUAAAGCGAAAUCAAAGCGAAAUCUCAGUCGUAAAUGUUGCAUCUAAAUCAAAUUAAGCUCUAUAUAAUGCUAUCUAUAGGAAGUACACACAAGGCCCGUAAAAAUAUAAAUAUACAGGUAUGUUGUAAUGAAAAGCACACAUGCAGAACAUUUUUUUUUGAACUAAACGUAGCAAAUGGAUAGUGAAUGAGCGAAUUUUUGUGUUUUUUUUUUUAAAGCGAAAGCUGCGAAAUUAAGGACUAGUUAUAAAAAAUAAUUAAAACCGGCAGACAUAUUACCAAAAGUAGCUAAAUAACUAUAAAAACAUAAGUAGUAAUAUAAUUUAAUUUAAGUACAGACCCCAAAGUAUGGAUAAUUGUUAGCAGAACUCAGAGUUUCAUAUACUUACAUUUUUUCUCAAAGUUAACUAUAUGGUUUUCCUAAUUUCGAUUCGAAAUGAAAUUGAAUAUGCAUAAUAAACAUCACGCAUAAUGACAAGAAGCCAAUUGUAGAGUCAUAAGCGAAAUAAUUAUAAUACUAAUAAUUAAGAGGAUAAAGAAUUUCAAAAAAAAAAUAGGCAACCGGUUCAAGUGAAAUGAAAUCAAAACCCCAGACAAAAAGACAUUCACACACCGAACAAAAGCGAGAGACUUCUUCAUUAUCGGUCCCCAUUUCUUCCUGUGUAAGCAUCUGUGUGUCUGGGCUUCUCAAAUAUUUUAAUAUUGUUAUAUGCGAAAUACAACAAAUGCAGUAUGCAUGCAUGAAACUUAGGAAGCAAACUAUAACAAUACCCAGAGGAAUACUCGUAAGAACACAACAAAUACAAAUCAAAAUCAAAAAAUCAAACUUAAGACAACACGAAAUACAGAAAAAACAAGACGAGCAACCGAAAAUGAAGAGGAAUAAUAAAAUUAAACUAAGCUUUGUUAUGCUCUACAAAAAUGUAGCACAUUCGUUGCCAUGCAAAAAGACCUUUUCUUCGAUUCUUGUUUGAUUGUAGGGCCUAAAAAGCGGAAACACAAAACACACACAAUGCAGAGGUAAAAAAUAAACAAAUAUAGAGCAAACAUACAAUAAAUGUAAUAAAUUAAAGCGCAAAAAAAAAAACAACAAAAUAUUAUAUGGCAUGCAACACAAAGUAAAAUAUUAAUAAAUGGCAAGAAACUUUCAAAC